AUGAGCAAAGAAAAGAUACCAUCGGAGCCAACGACGGAGAAAAGCUCGUUGUUUUUACAUCUAUCCAUGGACGACGGUUCCAUGUCUGAUGAUGAAGAAAGACAUUACCCUAUUUCGAAUAAUAAUAAUCAUAAUUACAAUAAUAAUAAUAAUAAUAUUGAGGAAUCUAUGAGCAACACAAUCAAUAAUAAUAACGAUCCGAUCGGAAAAACUAAUACUGCCUCCUCGUCAUCAUCUUUGGAAGAGAAUGCACCACCAGAUAACUAUGGAUCGUUUAUUGAAGAAUUUAAUGCAAGAAAUUCAUUUCCGAGUUCAAUCAAAUGGUGUAACGAUAAUAAUUCAAUUGCACUACUGACAAAUAAUUCAAUUUGUAUUAUGAACACGAAUACAGACAAGAGAGGAAUUAUUGUUUUGCACAAAGAAACUGAAUCUGAAGAUGGAGUUAUAACAACCAAUCAAGAACCAGUGAGAACGUCAACCCAUUUCAAAGAUAGAUCAGUCAUUCAUCCCUCCAUGUUCGUCCGUUUUCUUCCAAGCUGCUUCCGUAGCAUUGGUUGGAGUCCUCCAGUACCUUCCAAUAAUCUCACAAAAGCAUACAUUACUAAUAAUUUUGGAUGUCUUUUAUGUUGUUCCACAUCUGACAAUAACUGUAAAAUUUACAAAAAACCAAGUUUUUCAUUUUCAACAAACUGGGAGCUUGUCUGCGAUGUAAGGUCAAUUUUGCAAGAUAAUGACAAAAAUUUACAAGCCAUUGAAAAUGAGUCUCAAAACUCCUCGACUCUCCAAACUAUAAUUAUGCCUCCUCCUCCUCCCUCUCAAAUCAUCACUACAGUUGCUAAGAAAACUAGAAUUCAUUCCUCAAAAAAGAACUCCUCUGUCAUGAGCGUGGAACAACAAUUUUUUGCAGAUUUUUACAAAAAUUUCACCGAAGAGUCUGGGUUUGAUCCUUCCAAAAAAGAAUAUCAGGUUGGAUACAGAAAAUGGACAGAUCAAGAACAAAAGAUUUAUGACAAGGUACUGGAGAGCACUUUGGAAGCAUAUAAAUCAAGAAUGGAAAAAUUUAACAUUUCAAAAGAGAGUAUUACUAAAAAUCUCUACAUUAAAUUGAGAACUAAAAUGAGAAAAGAUAAGGAAAAAGGCCAAAGGUCUGAUGUGGUCUGUAAUAUCUACUCUCCUGAGAAGGAAAAGGCAGAAUCUACAAAAAAGAAGUCAAAAAAAAGCAAUACGGCAGAAAAUAAUCACACCAAUGACGAGCAAAAUAACGAGGAAAGUAGCUCAAAAAGAAAAUUGAAUGACACACAGGAACAAGACUCUGAGGAGCAGCAAACAACAAAAAAGCCAAAAAGGCUUUACUUUACAAGAGGAUCAGCUCGAGCCAAAGAUGAAGAGCUCUCUCAACAAGAUUAUUUUCAACGACUGACUUUAUCGGAAAUAUUAUGUUUUGAUUUCUCAACUACAUUCACUAAUUUAAACGAUGAAACAAAGAAAAACGCGUUUUAUUUGGUGUGUGGAUCAAAAUCUGGAUUUAUGUCAAUUUUCUCUGUUAUGCAAACAAAUGAUGAGAAAAUUGACAUUCAACUCAUUGGAUAUCACAAAGUUUUUUCCACAUUUUUAUCAAUGGUAAAGUUUCUUCCCUCAAAGGAGUCAGAAAAUCACUUCAAGGUUGUUUGUGCAAGUCCAAGCGGCGACCUCAAGUUUUUGAAAUUUCCUAAAGGAUUCAAUCAAAACAUUGAAAAACUAGAGGAUUUGUUAUCGGUCAGUGAUAUGUCUCAACAACAAUUUUCUCAAUACUUUCAAGAAGAUGGGAUUCCAGUGAUCUCAAUUGAAUCCCUCUUUGUUUCUUCAAGUUCAACUGCAGAAAUCGACCAAGAUAUUCUGUACAUUGCUUAUGCGAAAGCAAAGAAAUUUUUCAUUUGUAAAUUUGUCAUUAAUGCUAGUGAAGAUAUGACUCUCAAAUGGAGAAAGUCUUUCUCUUGUCAGGAUCAUAUCAUUUCUUCCAUUUCUAUUCAGAAAGUUUCGAUUGAAUGUUCUCAAACUCAUUGCACUUUGAAUGCCAUUAUGGUUUAUACGAGCUCACUUGAUGGAAGCUUGGUUCAAUGGAAAAUAGUGGAACAUCCUCAGCCACACGUUGGUGAUUCUUUCUCCCAAGCUCCAGAUAGAUAUAUUUCAGUAACAAUUAUUCCAAAGAGAUCUGAUCUUCCAAUUUGGGGCUGCUCACUCUCUCCUAAUCAUAUUCAUGCUGCCAUUGCUGUCGAAAGACCUCCCCUAAAAGAAAUAAGAGUGGAUCUUGAGCAUCGAAGCAAAACUAGAAUUUACAUCAUCCCUCUCUUCAUGCAUGCAAUUAGAGCGCUUUAUCAUAUACCUCAAGAACAACAAAUCUCUCAAUCACAUAUCAUUGAUUAUUUCACGACUAAAAUUACUAGGGGAUUGACAUGUAGGGAACAAUUGUUUGAUAUUUCUUCUUGCCUUACUCAACCUGACAUGAGUCAUCUUAUAGAAGCCAUACUCGACCGUUCUUUUGAACAUGCUGUAAAGAACCAAGACUGGAAAUUGAAAAAAUCAAUCUAUUUCCUCUACUCGAAUAUUUGUACAGAGACAAAAACUUUGGAGAAUGAGCUCAAGCAUCGCCUCUUUCAGAAGAAGAUUACUCUAGGAAAUUGCAUUCGCCACCAUUACGCCAUUGAACUCUUGGAAUUUUUAACCAAGCAAGGCACAAACCAAAAGACACAACAAUUGUUGUGUGAUUGGUUAUUACUGUAUUAUGAGAGUUUGAUCAAGAAAUAUUAUUUACCAGAGUCUUCACAACAAGCACAUGUGUUGCUCCCUUCACAUCAUUGCAUUGACAAAGAUGAAGCUAUCACCACUCUUUCAGAUCAUGUAAAAAUGGCUCGAAAUCUCAACACCAUCAUGCAGUCAUUGACAAAUGCUGAGGAGGCAUCAUCAUCCAACAAGCCCGUCAUUGAUUUCACUCGCUCCCUCAUUUCUUUUUUUUCAAGCAAUCCAACUCUGAAUGAACGCAACACUGAGAAUGUCACAUCCACUCUACUGGAAAGAAUAACUUCAGAACCGUUUAUACCUCCUCCACGAGAUGCAUGUCCAAUUUGCCUACCCUCUCAUUCCUCUCGUCUUUCAAUGCAACUAGGAGCACAAUUCACUCAUUCCACUUGCCCUAAACAUCAUCCCAUCGCUAGAGACACUUUCACGUUUGAAAUUAUUCGAGAUCCUGUUUACGACUCGGCCCAAUGUAGAGCAUGUGCCAAAACAAAUACAAAGAUGGGUAAGAGAAUUAGAGCACAAAGAAAGGGUAACGGUGCUGGUCCAUACAAGACCAGAUCCAUCCACAAGAUUGCCAAGCCACAAUACAGAAAGUUGGACUACUCUGAAAGAGAAGGAUUCAUGAAGGGUGUGGUUAGACAAAUCUUGCACGAACCAGGUAGAGGAGCUCCACUUGCUGAAAUUGCUUUCCGUGAUCCUCUCAAGCCAAAGAAGGAUAUCCAAUAUUUCCUCGCCCCAGAAGGAUUGUACACUGGUCAAUUUGUUUUCUGUGGACAAAAGGCUGAAUUGAAGAUUGGUAACGUUCUUCCAAUCGGUAACUUGCCAGAAGGUACUGUCUGUUGCAACGUUGAAAGAAAGACUGGUGAUAGAGGUGCUUUGGCUAGAGCUGCUGGUGAAUCUGCAGUCAUCAUUGCCCACUCAGAAGAUGGUAAGACUAGAGUGAAGCUUCCAUCUGGUGUCAAGAAGACCCUCCCAUCCGAUAACAGAGCCACAGUUGGUGUCAUUGCUUGCGGUGGUAAGACUGAAAGACCUGUUUUGAAGGCAUCAACCAACUACUUUAGAUUCAAGGCUAAGGGAAGAAAACAAUGGCCAAGAGUCCGUGGUGUUGCUAUGAACCCUGUUGAACACCCUCACGGAGGUGGUAACCACCAACACAUUGGUAAGCCAUCUACUGUGUCAAGAUGGACACCAGCUGGUAGAAAGGUCGGUUUGAUUGCUGCUCGUAGAACUGGUAGAAUUAGAGGAGGUAAACAAAUCAUCAACCAAGUUGAGAAGUUCGAUUAA